UUCAUCUCUCUCUCUCUCUCCAAAGACUAAUUGAAAAGCUUUCAACAUCCCACGAGCAUAAAUCUGCUUCUUAUAACACUCUUUUGUCCUUAACUCUGCAACUCUACUCUCAAUUAUUUCUCUUCAUCUCCCUCUCCUCCAUAACUUCUCACUACUCUUACAACAACCCAUCACCCCAAACACUUCCCUUUCUUUCCCUUUCCUCAUCUUCAUCUUCUAUCCUUCAAGUCCAUGGCUCUUGAGACAUGGCUAAUUAAGGUAAAGAUUGCAGUCUCAAAUGGUCUAGACGCCAUCAAAUUACAUAAAACUUCCACCAAGAAAUCAAAUGUCCGCGUCCUCGCCUUCGAGAUCGCCGGUUUCAUGUCGAAACUCAUCCAUCUUUGGCACUCCCUUUCAGAAAAGAACAUCCAUCGCCUUCACCAUGAAUCCAUAUCUCUAGAGGGAGUACACAAAAUUGUAUCCAACGAUGAUACUUUCCUCUUAUCUCUUGCCUGUGCUGAGAUGGUUCAAAACUUAAGGCUUCUAGCCAAGUCUGUGUCAAGGCUCAGCAAACGCUGCAACCCUGAUUCAGGUCUCCAAUGUUUUGAUCGUUUGUUUGAAGAAUUCUCCUCCACAGGACUUGACCCUAAUGGCUGGGUCUUGGGUAGCAAGGAGAUGGAGUUGAAGCUAAAGAAAAUGGAUCGUUACGUGACACUAACCAUGACUCUCCGUAAAGAGAUGGACGAGCUUUCGGAAAUUGAGCAUGGCUUGAAGAAAUUAUUAAUACAAUGCACGGAGCCUGACCUUUUGAUCAAACAGAAGAAGAUAGCUGAUCUCCAACAAAAGCUCUUUUGGCAUAAACAAGAAGUGAAGCACUUAAAAGAGAUAUCUCUUUGGGGGAGAAGCUUUGAUACUAUCAAUUCAAUACUUGCAAGAUCAGUGUUCACCAUUCUAGCAAGAAUUAAGGUUGUGUUUGGCGUUGGACCGCCGGCGAUUCAUCUACCUCGAAGCUUGUCUGUAUCAGCCAUGGUUUACCCUUCUGAAACUACCAAUACUACUACUACUAGUAAAUUUGUGUCAGGGCCCUUGGAGUCAGAUGGGAUUAAGGAGAUUCUCAAUGGAUGGCUCUCACCCAAACCUCACAUAGGAAGAGAAUCCAGACCUGAUCAGAAUAGGUUCUUGGAGUCAGAUUCAAAGAUACUUAAGCCACCACCAAGUACCUUAGGAGCAGCAGCUCUAGCUCUACACUACUCAAAUUUGAUUAUUGUGAUAGAGAAGAUGAUCAGAUCACCACAAUUGGUUGGUGUUGAUGCAAGGGAUGAUCUCUAUGCCAUGUUGCCUACUAGUAUUAGAGUAUCACUGAGGGCUAGAUUGAGAGGAGUUGGCUUUUCGGCGAAUGACCCAGUACUCGCUGGAGAGUGGAGAGAUGCAUUAGGGAGGAUCUUGGGUUGGUUAUCACCUUUGGCUCAUAAUAUGAUUAAGUGGCAGAAUGAAAGAAGCUUUGAGCAGCAGAAUUUGUUACCAAAGACUAAUGUUCUUCUCUUUCAGACACUAUACUUUGCAAACCAGGCAAAGACUGAGGCUGCCAUUACAGAGCUUCUUGUGGGUCUGAAUUAUAUAUGGAGAUAUGAGAGAGAGAUGAGCUCUAAGGCCUUUUUGGAAGGCUCCAACUUACCAAAUUUGCAGACAUCUGGUUGAGGUCUCAGGGAUGAUUCUUUCUUUCUUUUUCUUUUUUUUUCAAGUUUUAUAUGGAUUGGUUCAUCCAUUUUUUUCCCCCUUUAUUUACUCUCUUCUCCCUUUUCUUUGUAUUUGGUGUAAUUAGAUGGAGGCAAUGGAGCUGAUUUGCUUUAGAUUAAUGGGGAAGUUUGUUUUCCUUCCAUUGAUCUAAUAUUUUAAUAUAGAAGAUAUGUGUAAAUAGCAUUUUAUAUGUGUAUUUCUUAACCACCAUUUUAUGGGAUUUUUCUUAUUUAGUUGAUUAGAGUUACCCUUGGAUGGCUAUGUGAGUUGCUAGAUGCAACAGUGGGAAUCAAAGGUUCUAAAUUCAAAACUGUUUCAGACCCUUUUGCCUAA